CGUCGGAGGAGGAGCUCACUUAAAGCGCGGGAGUGAGGUAAAGGGGGAGGCUUGGCUGACCUGCGCUCCCACCGGGUCGACGAUCGCAUCUGGUCCGCGGGUUGUAUACGACGCGACACGAAGAACGCGACUUUACUCAAGCCCUGCCCACCAUGACCGGCUUCUUCAAGAGACACUCGCUCAAAGUGGGCAAUCGCGUCACGGAUGCGGCGGCCUUGACGCUGCGAGAGACAAUCUUCCCGCUGUUCCUCGUCACGAUCCUGUAUUUCCUAUGGGGCUUCGCGUAUGGCCUCCUCGACACCCUAAACAAGCACUUCCAGAACACACUCGGUAUCACGCGUACCAGAUCGUCAGGCUUGCAAGCCGCCUACUUCGGCGCCUACCCCCUCGCCUCCCUCGGCUACGGCAACUGGGUGCUCCGGCACUACGGCUACCGCGCGACGUUCAUCAUGGGCCUCGUCCUCUACGGCAUCGGCGCGUUCAUGAUGUGGCCCGCGGCGCUCAAGGAGAGCUUCGGCGGCUUUUGCGGCGCGACGUUCAUCAUCGGGAGUGGGCUCGGGUGCUUGGAGACCGCGGCGAAUCCGUACAUGGCGGUGACGGGACCGCCGAGGUACGCUGAGUUGCGCAUCAACCUGGCGCAGGCGGUACAGGCUGUGGGGACUGUCAUCGGCCCCGUCCUCGGAUCCUACGUGUUCUUCACUGACACCGGCGACUCCGUUGACGCGCUCAAGAGCGUGCAGUGGGUCUACCUCGCCAUCGGGGCUUUCGUCUUUUGCCUCGCCGUCGUUUUCUAUCUUGUGACUAUUCCGGAGGUGACAGACGCGGACAUGGCCGAGCAGGCCGAGCUCACGCACGUCGGCGACAACAAUGAGAAGCCGUUCUGGAAGCAGUACACCUUGUUCCACGCUGCUUGGGCACAGUUCUGUUAUACUGGGGCGCAGGUUGCCAUCGCCGGCUACUUCAUCAACUACGUCACGGAGGUCCGCCCGGGCACGGACAGCGCACUCGGCGCGAACUUCCUCGCCGCCGCGCAGGGCUGCUUCGCGGUGGGCCGCUUCUCUGGCGCGCUGCUCAUGAAGUUUGUGAAGCCACGGAUCGUGUUCUUGAUCUAUCUGAGCGGGGUGAUCGCGUUCUGUGCAGCGAGUAUCAAGGAAGGAGGGAAUACCGGCCUAGCGAUGCUGAUGUUGACGCUGUUCUUCGAGAGCGUGUGUUUCCCGACCAUCGUCGCCUUGGGUAUUCGUGGACUGGGCCGGCAUACGAAGCGAGGAUCUGGGUGGAUCGUGGGCGGUGUUUCCGGAGGCGCGUGUGUCCCUCCAAUCCUCGCUGCCGUCGCCGACGUGCGUAACAGUACCGCCUUCGCGAUGAUCGUGCCCACGAUGUUCUUCGUCUCCGCCUACACGUACCCGCUCUGCGUCAACUUCAUCCCCGCGUACAGGGACAAGGUCGACAAGGUCGGCGAGUCAGCCAUCGGUGUGGAGGACGAUCUGGGCGCAUCGAGGACGAAGGCGAAGGAGGAACAAGACGCGGACGACGAGCGGGUCACGAAAGAGGAGUGGGUGGCGGACGGGGAGAAGGGGAAGGCGUCGUAUCGGGAGGUGGUGUGAGGGAUGAAGAUAUGGUUCCCCGAUUUGUACAGGAUAUCCUGUUGUAUCAUAGUGGUCACGUACUUGAAACGAUGCUAUAAGAAGGACGAUAGUCCUCGAUGAGAGAAAAGCACGGCCCGCGAAUUCGGAGAGGGCGCCAUGAUAGAUUACGAGCUGAAUUACGGUACAGAGACGAUGCAUGGUGACAUAACUGUAGACACCAGUCCUGUAUUAUGGGCGUGAGGAGACAGGCUAGAAGAACAAGGAAAAAUACAAAGCGAGAUAGGAGAAGUGAGUGGUGCAGACGCAGCGUU